UGGAUGGUGGACGCAGUAACCUUGGAUGGAGAAGCUCCUGGUGGAUGGUGUUUUGGGCAGGGGCCAUCCUCCAUAGUAGCGUCCUCGUGGCUCAAACUGGUGAAACCAUUGUUAUUGAGGCAAUUCCUCCAAAUCCAGUGGAGACGUUUGAGGUCCUGCUGAAGCCACCAACUCCCCCAGAGACUACUAUCUUUUGCACCUGGUACCGUCAGUCAACGGGGGCCGAUCCGCUGCUAGUGGUUCAAAGUGUAAACAAGACCGGACCAGGAUAUACUGGGAGAGAAACGAUCUACCCCGACUGCUCCCUUCAUAUUAAGGAGCUACAAUUAAAUGACACUGCAAACUACUUGCUAACCAUAGCAGGAGCUACAAUUUCUAAUGGGAAUAUAAGAUUAGAAGUCACAAAGUUUGUGCCAAAGCCGAAUGUGGUUAUCUCGCCAUCCCCUUUCAUUGUGGAAUUGCAGGCCGUUCAGCUACGGUGCAAUACAACCAUCACUCAGAACGUUAGCUGGUUGAAGGACGGACAUCCUCUGCCCCCUGAGUACAACUUGACGGAUCACAACCGGAUCCUCUCCAUUGCCUCUGCAGCCAAGGAGGACACCGGGGCGUACCAGUGUGAAGUCCCCAAUGGUGACACUCCAGUCACGAGUGACCCUGCGCACCUCAGUGUGAUCUAUGGUCCAGAGGUGCCUGUCAUCCAUCCAAACAAUGCCUGUAAUAAAGAAUACCAAACCAUCAUCCUCAACUGUCUGGCUGCUUCGUAUCCCGGGCCUCAGUACACUUGGUACCGUGAUGGUACCGUGAUGGAUCGCGGGCCCAAAUUAAUCAUCGAAAACUUCACUGAGAGCCAAGCUGGGAUCUACGUCUGUGAAGCCCUGAAUGAGCUUCUUCAAACACGGAAUGAGAGCGACGGUCAGCACAUCCGCUUGGAGAAAA